GAGAAAGCACCUCUUCCAUGAUGACCAUCCAUAAAAACCCCAACAAGAUCAUACCCCAAAUAAUUUCUCCUUUUUUGUGUUAUUAUUAUUAAUAUUUUUCAUCAAUCCAAGUAUCCAACCCCUCUAAUAUAUUUUUUGCCUCCUCCAAAGUCAAAUAGAGCACUACUCAAAAUGGCCUUCUCCUAUGCAUGUGUGUCUCUCCCCAUCUCAAUUUGUACUCAACCACUGUUGAAAAGAUCACAAACAACUCUUUUCUCAUCUUGGAGAGCAUAUGGGCCCAAAUAUGGCAUCAUCAGUGCAAAAAAGAGUUUGCCCUUCUCUUUGAGGAUUAGGUCGAUGGCCUCUGAUUUGAGCUCAGAAGCAGUAGUCCCAAGAUCCGUUCCAGUUCGCGUCGCCCACGAGCUCCUCCAAGCAGGGCAUAGAUAUCUCGAUGUCAGAACUGUGGAUGAAUUCAAUGCCGGUCGUCCGGUGGGAGCUAUAAAUAUUCCAUACAUGUUCAAGGUUGGGUCAGGAAUGUCGAAGAACCCUAAUUUCUUGGAGGAAGUGUCAUCGGUUUUCGGCAAAGACGACGAAAUCAUUGUCGGAUGCCAAAGUGGGAAGCGGUCGCUGAUGGCUGCUACCGAGCUUUCAUCUGCUGGUUUUACGGGAGUGACAGACAUCGCCGGCGGUUAUUCUGCGUGGGUACAGAACGGAUUACCGAUGGAGCAGUGAUGUUAUUCUAGUCGAGCACGGCACUAAGUGAUGAUGCAAUUUGGGUCUUGGAUAUUUUGAGUUCAUUGAUCAAUUGCCACCUCCUAGUGUGUAAUUAUAUAUGUAGUGAUCAUCAGUUUCCUGGUGAACUGAUUCAGCUAGUACUCAGUAGGUUACUGUUAUAUGAUCUUCCUAAUAAAAGAAAUUUCUGGGUCAACUUGGUUUCUAAUAAUGACCCUCGAAGUUUACGCUCACAACUGAAUUAAGAGAUCCGACUGAUGAGGGAUCUUAUCGGUCAAGUUUAAAUGCUACAUUGUAUGUUCGAUUUGGCUGAAACAGCAUAUCACUUUAUAUUUA